AAGUGCGGUAGUUAUGUCGAAAUUAGAUCAUAUGACAGGUUUGGACACUGAUGGUUCCAGAUAGGAGUCUAAGAACCGUUCAAAAUGUAAAUUAUCCAGAAUUAUCUCAUCAGGAUAACAUGUGAUAGGGCGUUUAUAAAAGCUUUUUGCCUCUUGGUUGUUCGCGGAUACAAUGUCUCUGUUCAUAUAUGUGUGUUUUAUCUCUCUUUGUGGAACUGUUUACGCCCCAGACUUGUUUCGCUUUGCCUCCUAUUAUGGAGAUCAUAUGGUUCUACAGAAGACCCCAGAAAGGGCUGUGUUAUGGGGCUAUGGGCCAGAUGCAGCCACGGUCUUUGUCUCUGUGACAGGACCAUUCACACAUAAAACUCCAGCAGCCACGGUCUCUAACGGGAUCUGGAAGGUGAGUCUAGACCCAGUGGAAGCUGGGGGCCCCUACAAUGUGACUGCGUUUCUGAAGAACGGCUACAGCAUCACCCUAACAGAUGUACUGUUCGGUGACGUCUGGCUGUGUGGAGGCCAGAGCAACAUGGCUUUCACGACUUCCCAGGUGUUUAAUGCUUCUUAUGAGCUGACACUGGCCUCCAAGUACCCCCAGGUGAGGGUUUUCAUGGCUGCACUGGAGCAAAGCAGCACCGAGCUGACGGACUUAGCUGGAGUCACUGUACCCUGGUCAGUUCCCACACCAGAAUUGCUUGGCGGUGGGAACUUCAUCCACUUCUCUGGAGUGUGCUGGUUGUUUGGCCGCUACUUGUACAAGACCCUGAGGUACCCUAUAGGCCUGGUGGAGUCCUGCUGGGGGGGUACACCUGUAGAGGCCUGGUCCUCACCGCGGGCUCUGCACCAGUGUGGCCUGGACGGGGCCAGUGAUGGCAUCCCCGUGUCAGAGGACACUGUUAUGUUACAGUCUUUGUGGAGGAGCUCCGUGUUGUGGAAUGCCAUGAUCCACCCACUUCUCAACAUGACCCUAAAAGGAGCCAUCUGGUAUCAAGGUGAGGCCAAUACUGAGUAUCACCAAGAACACUACUCCUGUGCCUUUCCCACCAUGAUCGAUGACUGGAGGAUGUCCUUUCACCAGGGCUCUGGGGGACAGACUGCAGCAGACUUCCCCUUUGGGUUUGUUCAGCUGUCUACGUACAGAAAGAGCUCCACAAGUGAAGGCUUCCCAUCCAUUCGCUGGCAACAGACUGCAGACUAUGGCUUUGCUCCCAACCCCCGGAUGAAGAGGACCUUUAUGGCUGUGGCCAUGGAUCUGCCUGAUGAAAAAUCCCCCUGGGGCAGUAUACAUCCCCGAUACAAGCAGGAAGUUAGCAUGCGACUGACACUGGGAGCCAGAGCAGUGGCCUAUGGGGAGAGGGAGGUCUCAUUCCAGGGGCCUUUCCCUAAUCAGGUCCUGGUCCAGGAUACAUAUGUCAAUGUUACCUAUGAUCAGAGACUCUCUGUUAAUUCAUCAAAAGACAUAUUUGAGAUUUGCUGCUCAGUGCUGAAGGCACCCUGUUGGUUUUUUUCCAACUGGAUUCCAGCGCCCAUCAUUCAGUGGGACAGGACCUCGGUGCAGUUGUCCAACAACAACUGCCGAUCCGCGAACAAUGUGGCUGGCCUGCGCUACGCCUGGAGGGACUGGCCCUGCGACUUAAAGGCCUGUCCCAUUUACACUGCUGAUGGGGUGUUACCCGCACCACCCUUCACUCUCAACCGCUGGCCAUUCCAAAGCAUGAAAAGUGAGGUCCACCCUCCUUCCGAGCUAUGGACUAUUCCACCCAAAUAGAGGAAACAGAAGUUGCAGUGUUGUGAACUAAGAAUUAAGCUCUAAGAGGUGUGGAACUGCCUGCGUCUUCCUGUGUAUUUUGAUUGCACUGAGAAAAUUGUUUCCAGUCCAUUGUUGUGUUAUGAAUUGCUUUUACAUUUAAGAGACAAAUCGAUUCCAAUCAAACUAGAUAUGCUCAUUUAAAAAAAUAAUAAGACUGAUAAGCAACACUCAUUAACGACCAUUUACCGUUAACCGACAAGUAACAUUUUUGUGUCAGUGACCCAAAAAAAAAAACCAAUACAACAAAAAUCCCCUGGGUUUAUUAAGUAAAUAGUAGCUCAACUAUAGUUGCAGAAAACAACAGAACAAAAACUGAUUUCUAACAGAUUGCCAUUGUAUUGAUUCAACUAGGGAAGGUGAAAAAUUGCUAGAUCUAGCAAAAUUGUCGGUAAAUUGGCAACACUGUUUAACCAAUAGUAUUAAAUCAGGAAACAUUUGUAUUGUCAGUUAACGGUUAACUAUGAGCAUCCCUAAAUCAAACCCAUAAAUCGAUAUUAUUGUGAUUAUCAGGAAAAUGUAACAUAAGAUUAUUUUUAUUUAAAUGUUAAAACAGACCAGGAGCUCUAAGGUUGUUCAAUAAAUCAACUCUCA